AUCCCUGCCAACAUUCUUUCAGUUAUUCUACCCCCUCAUUUCAAGGAUUAGCUACCAGGAGCCAAACAGUCAAUUAUGAAUCGAGUAAUUGGUGCACUACGGUCUUUGACUGUCGAACGUGGAGGUACCACCCGGCGGAUCUCGUAGGCGGAGUCAGAAUGUGUGCAUGUUGCAUGCACACGUAUUCCCUCGCCAGAGUCCGUGUG